GCGCAGGAACUCUUCCCUCGCCGGAAUGGUAAAACUCUCGGACGUUUUCCGAUCUCCAACAGUCCCGGACCCGUCCUCCUUGUCGACGUGUGAACUCGUGCAAUAGCCCAGCCAGCAGCUGACGCAUCCUCGCGCUUACCCUCUUCCCGCUCUCGCCUCUUCCCGGACGAAGAAGACAAACUCGAGUCCUGGUAUCCCGGAAGACGCGAGCAGCAACAUCUCUUCCUCUCUCGCUCUUCUUCUCUCUAUUUCUCUUUCUUUCUCUUUCUCUCUCUGUCGCAAGAUUAGAGCCGAAUACGGUAAGAUCGCGAAGAUCGAAAUAAACGGUCAGACAACGUUUUCUUCUCAUUUGAUUUUGCAUUGAGUGAGAUCGAUAGGAGAGGUGAGUUUCCGUUUCCGAGGAUCGUCAACUAGCUCAUUAGCUACCAAAAGUACUUCGUCAAUAUCGACGUCGACUCUGAUGUACCGGUGGUGAAACUCUCGCCUAGACGGAUAGCAACAGGUGCUUCGCCGUUGUGUGAAUCGUCGAUCGAAAUCCUCGAGCAGAAUUAAGCGGCGUGAUGAGGCGGAAAUACCUCUUGUGCUUCCUGUGGACCGCAUUAGUACUGAGAGCGGACGUCUUCGUUGUUGCCGAAGCCGACCCCGCGAUUUUGAAUGGGCCCGAAUUGCCGCAUCUCCAACAAAGUCACUUCGUGAACGAUCCGCGACCUCGUCUCUCGGCUUCCCAGCAAGCCCAGAUACUGAGCGACGUGCAGCAACACCAGCAUCGAUAUCGGCGUCCCAUUCAAGACUCAAAGAACUCGCGGAUAGGAUCCUUCCAGUCAUACGACCAAGUAACACCUAAGUAUCAGCAGUCUAGCACGCCAUACCCCUCCUUAGCCAAGUACAAGGUUGAUCGAGCGAAGCAGCAACAGUUACAGCAACUUCUGCAGCAACAGCAACAGGUGCAACAGCUCCUGCAACAGCAACAACAGAAAAUCGCCCAGCAACUCGGCACGACGGACUUCGUGAGCGAUAAUGCGCAGCAAUAUCAACGACAACAAUAUCAACAACAGCAGCAACAACAACCGCAACAAUAUAACAACCAAUACCAGAACGGGUUUCAGAAUCUUCAUCAGGAUCUGUCACAGCCACUGUUCAGCGAUCAACAGACGUUGCAGCUACAGGAGUAUCUCGAGAAGCAACGCGAGCUAGAGCUGUUGCAGAAGCAACGGCAACAGUUGCUGUAUGAGCAGCAAGAGUUACGAAGGCAACAAGAGCUGUUGCGACUCCAACAACUUCAAAGACUCACCUCUACCACGCCGUCACCGCAGCCACCAUUGCUGUCAUCAUCGAUUGCGACAUCGACUCCCGUUGUGAGCACCACCUCGUCGCCGUUGCUGCUGUCGUCGCCGACGGCGCGGCAGAUCACGCCGUCUGAGGCGGAGCUUUUUCUUAAGGCAAUUGCUAACCAUCAGAAGAAAUAUACAACGAGCACAACAACAACCACAACGACAACCACCACCCCCCUACCGCCUCCACCACCCAGAACAGUCGUCUCCAAGGUUCAUCAGGAAACGUCGAGCGUACCGGACAAUCUACUCAGUUUGAUUCAAGAGCAAGAGAGUCAUCUAGUGCAGCAAGACAAGUCGAAGCCACAGGUCAAGGUGAUCUAUCAAACCGACAGGCCCAGCACUACGAAACACAACGGUUCCAGGAGUAGGGGUUCUCCACAGUCCAGCGAGAGAGAAUUGUUGCUGAAGCAGCUGAAGCUCGCGUUGGCACAGUCCGGUGACGACGACGUCAGGAAUGUGACCACCAGAGACCUGAUCUUGCCGAACGGUAAAAAGCUCCAGGUAAUUCAUGCGCCGAACGGUCUGCCCUCCAUCGUUCCAGCUUCGGUCUCACCGUCUUCGACGACUACCAUAAAACCACCAAAGGCCAUCUUUGAGGAACUGACUAAAGGUGGUGUGUUGCCGCCGGGCGCCGACUUCGAGAUUAUUCGACAGAAGAGCGACGGCAAAUUGGAAGAGAUCGGCAAAGCUCCGAUCCAGAAUCUGCCGUCGAAGAAAGUGACCUUUGUCGUGUUGGAGGAACAAUCGGACGGCAGUUAUAAGGUGCAGGGUGUGAAAGGGAACGCCGACAAAGAAAGCGGCGUCGACGUCGAGUCCAUCGUCGAGAGGAUCAAGAAGGGUGAACUGAAGCUGCCGCCCAGCUCGUUUAACCCGACCACUCCUUCCAGCCUUGAGCAACACUUCGAAUCCAGCAUCGACCCGAAUCUCGUGUCCACCCAAGGUACAGCCAAGACGUCGCAUCACUCCGCCAGCACGCCUGCCACGAUCUUUAGACCGACCACCGUUAGAUCCACUUCGACCAGAUAUAACGAAGGCAAGUCGACGACUGACUACUUCCCUUACGUCACGGUGUCGCCAAACUCGGUACCUACCACCGACAAAUACGUGACCUCCGCGUCCAGCGUCGCCGGCCAUGUGUUCAACUCUUUGAACACUAGCCCGAAAACGAGCUUGUCGGACCACAUACCGCGGGUCACCACCAAGUACUCGUCCACCAGGAGCCAAUUCAUCCCAACGAUGGCGCCGGUCAAAGAAAUUGUGACGACACCGACACCACCGGCGACAUUCUCGCAACAGACAACCAACUCCUACAUCCACUUCGCCGCGAGCCCGACAGUAGUCUCGUCGACGAGAACAUCUUCCGGCACUGUAACGUCCAAUUUGCAGAACGCAAACGUCGUUUAUCAGAGCACCACGUUGGCUCCGACAGAGGUCAUCAAGACCCAAACACCAACGGAGAGUUUGACCGCGUUACUGAGGAGAGAAGGUCUCUUCGCUAUGGCCAAGUACCUGAGGCAGUCGGGAUUGGACAAUGUGUUGAACGAAACCGGUCCAUACACUUUAUUCAUCCCUACGGAUAAGGCUUUCAGGACAUUAUUGGUACAACUGGGAGGACCCGAAAAAGCUGAACAGAAAUUCCACGAAAACCCAAGACUUUUGAGUGGGCUCUUGCUUCACCAUGUGAUACCAGGAGCCUUCAGGAUCGACUCUCUACAAGACGAAAUGACCGGUGUCAGCCUGGCCGGGACGCAAUUGCGAGUGAACGAGUACGCGAUGCAAGAUCACGAAUGGAACGACGUAAAGGUGACAACGAUAAACGGGGCACGCGUCGCGCCCAAUAAACGGGACAUUGAGAUUUCUCAGGGCGUCGCCCACGCCGUCGAUCGAGUCAUGUUCCCGCUUCCGGUCGGAGACUUGGUGCAGACCUUGCAGGCUGAUCGCGAGAGGAGAUUUACCACAUUCCUCAAAAUACUCCACGCGUCGGGCUUGGAGGACACACUUGCAGGACCGAAGACGUUCACCAUCUUCGCGCCGACUGAUUCCGCUUUCACCGACGCAUCCACGAAGAACGGCGGCCCAAUUUGGACUGAAGAGGACGGCCCGGAAGCGGCAAAGACGAUAGUCUCCAAGCAUGUGAUACCUACCACACUUUAUACCGCGGGGAUGAGGUAUUAUAUGCAAAAGGACACUCUCCGCCCACAAUCGCCGGUUCAUAUCCACAAAAACAGCGGACGAGUAAGAGUGAACGAGGCACACGUCUUGACACAUAACGUGCCGGCGACAAACGGAGUGUUGCAUGCGAUCGAUGGUGUCCUGUAAAUCAGCGGCUCAUGAUGAACGCAAAUCGACGAUAGAAGCGCAGCGACCACGUAGGUGAUACGUACUGAGAUCCAAAAGUUCUCGGUCUGAGUAAGAAAGAAGUGUCAAAUAAAUAAAAGACGUGUAUUACUUUUCAAUCCCAUACAGCACAGAAGUUUGAAAAAGCUUUCAGAAAGGUUUCAGAAACAUUGAUCUGAGAUCUUUCUGAAAUCUUUCUGAAAUCUUCUCCAAACUUUUGUGCGGUAUGGGAUAUAGCUCCAUUUUACUAUAUUUUUCAUAACGUAAAAUUAAUAAAUUUAUGUCGUCAAACUUUUUGUCUUUGCCCUUAAAAUAUUCAAAAACAUUCUCUUUCAAGUUUAAAAAAUUUUAUCCAUUGUUUCACCAUCGAAUACGAAGGAGAAACAUCGCCGUACAUAUUACAAAAGCAUUCAUGAAUUUCCAACAGCGUACGAUCUUCUUUUGUCAAGAACUUUAUCACCACAUGAUAAAAUUCGACCAAAAUUCGACAUAGUUAUGUUACACCACAUUAUUUGAUACGCAAGAACGAGCGUAUAAGAAUGCAACUAAGGGUGCUGGUAUCUCGAAUGUUAAGCUUCACAUAACCACGAUUCUUAUUUCUCUGCGCAUGCGCAAAGUAGGUCAGGCCGAGAACUUUUGGAUCCAUUGACACUACGUAUCAUUCGUCAAAAUGCACUAUGUACAACAAUUUUCCCAACAGCCGAGAAACUCGAUGUAUGUAUGUAAUAAAAUCCUUACGUGGGCGCGAUCCAAAUGUACGACGAUUCAAUUGGCAACCGUAUCCAAUUCAAAUAGCAAACGUGUAUACAGUUGGCGUGCUCGCGCGUACGUGCUCACCGUGUGCACGUCGCGAUUGGAUUCUCGUAAUCUUUUGAAUUUAACACGUUUAAUGCCAUAGAUGUGUGUCGGAAGUUUAAGACAAAGAAUGAAUAACGACAUCACCUUCAACGUACACAUGUGUAUACAUACUAAUUUAUACGAGAUAGGCGUAAUAUAUAUAUUAUACAUAUAUAUAAUAUACGAUUCGUGCGCGUGCCAUGUGCACAAAAGAAGAAAUACGGAGAAUUAAUUGCUAUUGUAUAGAGUGGUAACGUAAUACACACAUACAGAUACUUAGUAUUAGCUCGUAGUUUGUAUUAUUUUAUAAAUAAAUGUACAGAAUCUA